CAUUCGCCAAUUAGCAGCCGGCGCGAGAUCGUCGCGUGUGCGGAAAAAGUAGUUCUCCUGAGUCGGAAUUUUUCCCAGCCGGAAAACUGUUCUCCCCGAUCAAUAUUGAGAGUGAUCUCUGGUUUUUCCACUCCAAAAAUUCAGGAUGGCCACGAGGGGAGCAAAUGUGAUUUGGUUUCGCCACGGAUUGCGUCUGCACGAUAAUCCAGCCUUAUUAUCCGCCCUCGCCGAUAAGGAUCAGGGUGUAUCAAUAGUACCCAUAUUCAUAUUCGAUGGAGAGAGUGCAGGCACCAAGUGCGUGGGGUUCAACCGAAUGCGCUUCCUGCUGGAUUCCUUGCAGGACAUUGACGAGCAGCUGCAGGCGGCUACUGAAGGACGGGGACGUCUGCACAUCUUCGAGGGCGAACCGGCGUACAUCUUCCGGCGGCUGCACGAGCAAUUCCGCAUCUAUAAAAUCUGCAUUGAGCAGGACUGCGAGCCUAUUUGGAGCGAUCGUGAUGAGAGCAUUCGAUCCUUGUGCCGCGAACUGGGCAUCGACCUCGUGGAGAAGGUAUCGCACACGCUCUGGGAUCCCCGUACUGUAAUCGACACCAACGGUGGCAUUCCGCCGCUUACCUAUCAGAUGUUCCUGCAUACUGUGCAGAUCAUCGGGCUACCACCGCGCCCUGUCGCCGAUGCUCGUUUAGAAGACGCCUCCUUUGUGGAGUUGGAUCCCGAGUUGCGCAGAAGUCUUGGCUACUUCGAGAAGCUGCCCUCGCCGGAGCAUUUCAACAUUUACAGUGACAACAUGGGUUUCCUGGCCAAAAUAAACUGGCGAGGGGGAGAAACUCAGGCCUUACUUUUGCUCGAGGAGCGCCUUAAAGUGGAGCAACACGCCUUUGAGCGGGGUUUUUAUCUUCCCAAUCAGGCAUUGCCAAAUAUUCUGGACACGCCCAAGUCGAUGAGUGCUCAUUUGCGCUUUGGUUGCCUUUCGGUUCGCCGUUUCUACUGGAAUGUUCAUGAUCUCUUCAAGAACGUGCAGUUGCGUGCCUGCGUUCGAGGAGUUCAGAUGACCGGUGGAGCACAUAUUACGGGUCAGCUGAUCUGGCGGGAGUACUUCUACACGAUGUCGGUAAACAAUCCUAAUUACGAUCGCAUGGAGAACAAUGAGAUCUGCCUGAGCAUUUCGUGGGCAAAGCCGAACGAGGACCUCUUGCAGCGUUGGCGUUUGGGUCAAACGGGAUUUCCGCUCAUCGAUGGCGCCAUGAGACAGCUCCUCGCCGAAGGAUGGCUUCACCACACGCUCCGCAAUACGGUAGCUACCUUCCUAACGCGAGGUGGAAUGUGGCAGAGCUGGGAGCACGGGUUGCAGCACUUCUUGAAGUAUCUUCUGGAUGCAGAUUGGUCAGUGUGUGCUGGGAACUGGAUGUGGGUCUCCAGUUCGGCCUUCGAAAGGCUGCUGGACUCCUCGCUGGUCACCUGUCCUGUGGCUCUGGCCAAGCGACUUGACCCCGACGGGACCUACAUCAAGCAGUACGUUCCGGAGUUGGCCAAUGUUCCCAAGGAAUUUGUCCACGAGCCCUGGCGAAUGUCUGCCGAGCAGCAGGAGCAGUAUGAGUGCCUGAUCGGAGUCCACUAUCCGGAGCGCAUCAUUGACCUUUCCCUGGCGGUGAAGCGCAACAUGCUGGCCAUGAAGGCACUUCGCAACUCCUUGAUCACCCCGCCCCCGCAUUGCAGGCCAUCUAACGAGGAGGAGGUGCGUCAGUUCUUCUGGCUGGCAGAUGUGACAUUUUAAAGUAGCCCCAAGUGUAUCCCAAAUAAAGUUCUAGCAAUGAACACAAUAAAGGGACUAUUACCGCUCGUAUAUUAUAUAUCAUUAAUAAUGCUUUAUUUUCUUCAAUUAAAAUAAGUACUACAAUACAA